AUGGCCAACCACCCCGCCGCGAUUCCGGCCGUAGACUACAGCGACGAGAUCGAGGAGCUCGGAUUCGCGGAGACACACACUCGCAUUGUUGACCUCCCAGAGGAUGACCCCGAUGUCCUCGGGCGCUUCUUGCAGUUUCUCUACACCGGCACAUAUGAAGAUGGUGUGAUUGGAGCGUGGACCUCUGCCGCAGAGGCCAGUAUAAUCACCCCUGAGGAAGUUGAGGAGUUGCUUGCCACCGUCCCUGGCACGGCUAUCGAACCAGAGAGCGAGGACGGUGAAGACGGUGAUUAUUAUCCCGACAAUGAUCAGUACAAUGUGAAUGACUUCCACGACUUUUCCGAGGGUGACUUCGACGAGGACGACUUUGAGGAGGAUUUCCUCUCCGACGAGGAGCAAGAGGAUGAGGACAUGGAGUCAUCAAGCGAGGGGUCUACCCCCGAGGAGCAGCGCAUGGCCGAGGCUGCAGAAGAGCUGAGGUUCCUGGCCAUCAGCCCCGAGUCCGGUGACGAGGAUCACCAGCAUGACUUCUCCGAAGCGGACUGUCAGCGACAGGCCCUAUUUCUCCCGUUACGACUGUUCAUCAUGGCCGACAAGUACGAUGUCCCUUCGCUCAAGCUACUCGCCCGCAAGUGCUUCCGCCACGCCGCGGAAAUGCUGUGGGAGUCGGUCGACUACUUCCCUGACUUGGUCGAUGAGCUGUACAGCAACACUCCGGAGCAGGAUGACGGGAUGAGGUCGAUUGUUUGCCGGUUGGUAGGCCUCACGAUUGUCGGCCCGGAGUAG